AUGUCACCAACACAAAUAUCCGUUGAAAUUUCAUAUGGUUUUCGGGGAAAAACAGAUGAAGUGCAACCUGAAUGUAUGCGGCAGGCCGUUGCAAGCUGGAAGGUGACUGCUCAGGGCACAAAAUACGGUUUAUGGACACCGGACAAAGCAUGCGAAGACUCCUCAAGUGUGGUCCAAUGGACAGGUGGCCAAUUUGAAUUUCCUUGUGCCUCCACAAAAUCGCUGUUCAAAAGUUCCGGAAAAUAUAUUUCGAAAAAUGUCAUCGCCACAAGGGCUCAAAUUAUACGUGAUACAAUUUAUUUGGCUCUGCCACGUUAUCGCAAAGGUGUACCAUCAACAUUGGUCAAGACAAAUAUUCAACCCGGAACCUGUUCGGCUACCUUUACACCCUUUCCCUGUUGGGAUAUGCAAGAAGAAGGCAAUUGCAAGGCGUUGCAAUCUGUUGUGGAUUUGGUGGUGGAUCAAAAUGAAGUUAUUUGGGUAUUGGAUACGGGCAUUGUUAAUACGCUGGAGACACCGGUGCGCAAGUGUCCACCCAAAGUUAUGGCGUUAUCGGCAAAAUCGGGUAAAGUUUUGAAGACGAUCGAUUUGGAUGGCUUGACUUCCCCAAACUCGCGUCUUCAAUAUUUGGCCGUUGAUUAUGCUCCGGAUGGCAGCUGUUUUGUUUAUGUCAGUGAUGCUGCCAAUCGUGCCAUUAUCGUCUUUAACAUUCAGGCAGAUCGUGGUUUCCGUAUUGUUCUACCCAAGGCGGUGACUACCGGCUGCAGGUCACGUGAUGUUUUGUAUAUUGCAUUGAUUCGUCAAGAUUGCGGAACGACGGAGCUUUAUUUUACAUAUUUAAGCACAAACCGUUUGUUUUCAUUGAAAUCGGAAUAUUUGAGAAGUGGUGUGGCCGAUGGACGGAUAAUAGACUUGGGUAAGAAACCAUCGCGUAUGGUUAUAAUUGGCACCGAUAAUGGCUCGGCAAUAUUUUUCCGCAAUGAGGGCGAUUCCGAAGUUUUCCGUUGGGAUACCAACUCUACAUUUACGGAGACAAACUUUAAGCCGGUCUAUCGUAGUCCCACCUGUCAAUUGGCCACACAUGCCGUGCCCGACUACAAACGCAACACAAUGCGUGUUCUGCAGAGUAAUUUUCCAGAUUUUAUGCAAAAUCGUGUGGGCUGCGGUGCCAUCCAACAGUUGUCGAUGAUGCAGGGGUGUUGGUAG